AGCUCCUGACGGAGGAUCACGGAAGUUUGCUGACAAACACGUAACCCUGGCACUUCUUGCGGUAGUGACACCGACUGAAAGCAGCCGAGCGGAGUGGCUAGAGUGAAGGACACUGAAACACGGAGCUUAAACGAGUAAAGCCUCCCUUCUGUUAGCCCGCACCCGGGACUUCAGUCAUGGGGAACGCGGAGAGCGGCGGCACCGGGAGCGGUGACGAGGAGGAUAUCGAGGCGGAGAGCCCGAGUUUCACGGAAGGCGGCCCGGCCUCUGCGGCGCCCACGGGACCCGGGACUGGCGGCUCGGGAGCAGCAGCAGGAGGAGGAGGAGGAGGAGGAGGAGGCUCGGGACGCAGCCUCAGGGGCUCGACCCACGCGCCUGCAGCGGGCUCCGGCCUGCCGUCCCCCGAGGCCCUGAUGGAGCAGGUGCGGCUGAGAGAGGCGGCGGGCCGCGCCGGUGACACCGCCACUCUCGCCGUGUCUGAGUCCGCGAUCGCCCGCAACGAGAGCGCGCUGGUGCGCUGGCUGGAGGAGCGGCUCGGCCGCGGCGAGGAGGCGCUCACACUCGAGCAGUUCUGCGACAUGCUGGAGAGCAGAGACGCGCAGCGGGACGAGUGCGAGGAGGCUUUUGGUCAGUUUGAUGCCGAGGGCGAUGGGGUUGUCGAUGUCGAGAGCAUGCUUAUGGCCCUGAAGAACAGUAAUGGCGCAAAUCUACAAGGAGAACUUAGUCACGUAAUCAGACAGCUGCAGGCCUGCUCUCUGACCCCAGGAUUUGUAGACAUCUUCUCGAAGUCGAAGGACAGAAUAGGUGCACACGCCUCAAAGAUCCUAAAGUUCCUGCACAGGAAUCGCAUCCCAAGCAGCGCAAUUCCCUUUCCUAUUCUGGAUGGCUACAACAGCAUCAGCGCCAUGAGGGCCGCCGUGGUGCAGGACUUCCUGGAAUUCCUUCUGCAGAAAGAGAAAGACCUGGACAUUCAGUACGGGACGGAGCUGACCCAGGGCCAGGAAGUGGACCGCGUCAAGGUGGUCUCUCAGUGCUUCAGCUCCAUCGAGGCGUCGUCAAACAGCGCAGACGUCCACAGGAUGACCAAUGGCGAUACCGUGUCCUACUGGCAGUCCGACGGCAGCGCACGCUCCCACUGGAUCAGAUUAAAGCUGAAGCCAGAUGUGGUGCUGAGGCGGCUGGCUAUUGCUGUGGCCUCCAGCGAUCACAGCUACAUGCCACAGCUGGUGUCUGUGUCCGUAGGAAAGAGCCGGCGCUCGCUGCAGGAGAUCAGAGACAUUCGCAUCCCCAGCAACGUCACAGGCUACGUGCCCCUGCUAGACAACGCCAACAUCUCUCAGCCAUAUGUUCAGAUCAACAUCAAGCGUUGUUUAAGCGAUGGCUGUGACACGCGCAUCCACGGCCUGAAGACCAUGGGCUACCAGGUGACUAAGAGCAGAGAGGUGUCCGUAUCGGACGCAUCGGCCAUCUGGUAUCUCUCUCUGCUUACCUCGCUUGUGACAGCAUCCAUGGAGUCCAACCCGGCCCUCGCAAACACUGUCCUACAGAGCACAAAAAAAGCCUUAGAGCACAUGCCGCCUUUGUCGCUAACGCCGUCCUCCACCGAGUUCCCCAAGUUCUUCUCACCCAACAUCCUGGAAGAGGUUGACGCCUUCCUCCUCCGAAUCGCAGGUUGCUGUGUGACUCCGGAUGCUGAGUUGACCCUCCUGGCGUUUGCUUUGGCUCGGGGCAGCGUAAUGAAGGUGCUGCAGUCUUUAGCUGGCAUGUGUGAGCGAGUGGACAGGGAGUAUCGUGCCUCCUCGCUUCUGGCCUCCAUGGCCUCUGUGCGCCUCCACCUGCUCUACCGCAACGGGAAAACACUACAGCUGCGUUUGCAGGCGUGUGACGUGAAGAGCCGAGAUGAUAAGUGCGGUCCGGAGAACAUGCUGACGGACCCCUCGACAGGAGACGGUUUCCUCACAGAAAGCGGGAAAACCAGAGCGAGCGUGAUUCUCUCCACCGAGGAUCAGACGUCUUUCCAGGUCACACAGAUCAGAAUUAAGGUGCGUAAAGGAGCCAUCGGCGCUAAAUGUGGCCUGGUGUUUGCCUAUAACGACUCGGAGAGUUUUGACGCAGACAAACAUUUUAAGAAGUUUAGGACAUACGACUCAUGGGAUUUUAAAGACUACAAGGAGUUUAUCCAAGACAAACUUUGUAAUAAAGGAGCAACGGAGGUAAGAGAGGAGAAUCCAGUCGGCUGGUUUGAGCUGGAGGAUGACUGGAACGACGUGGAGAUCAAGUUACAGCAAUGCCGAGUUGCAAAUUUCCUCAUGGUGAAGUUCGUGUGCGCGAGGCAGGACUCGGCUGAGCGGCUCGGGGUUCAGCAGCUAGCAUUUAGCGGCUACCUGUGUCCAGAUUCUGAGAAAUUGGAGGAGGAGGAGGAGCAACUGAACGCUCGCACACUGGGGACUGACUCCGGCCUGGUCACAAGCCUCACGUUAAUCAGAAAGACUCUUUACUUCAUCCAGCAGCUUACUCGAGACAUGGACAUGAUGCUGCACAAGCAGAAGUCUUUGUUAGACUUCAGUGGGCUGAACCUGCCGCUCUUCUGGGACUUCUAUAGAAAACUUAGGUCUAUUGAUGGUGAGGAGGCGAUGAAAGCCCAGGUCCUUCUGCUUCAGCUGCUUCAAAACUGUUUCCCAGCUCUUCCUGCCUUGCCAGAGUCACGAGGCUCACCAGAGAAAAUGGCGCCAUCAACAUCGUUAUCAUCAUCAUCAUCAUCUGCAGCAUCAGUGAGCACAGAUGUGGAUCCAGCCGAGGCUGUAGGGGAGCUUUAUAAUUACCUCUGUCAGGUUGUGGACGGGCCAGAAGGAGAAUCCACAUUGGAAAAAGCUUUAAGAAAGCAGGCGGUGAAGGCCAUCCUGAGCGGCGCAGCCAUCUUCUACCCAGACAAGCAGAGCCGGCGAGACAAACUCUUUGACAUGAUGAAGAACUUGACAGAAGAAGAUCAGCCUGAGUCGGCUAAGCUGACAUUCGAGUCACUCUGUAAUUAUUUCAGUGAUCAGGACCCGAGUGGUCUGCUGCUUCUGCCUCCCAAAGGAGCACCCGCUGAUUUUGACAUCUCCCCCAUCCUCAACGUUAUGGACACGCUGCUUCUUGUGGCCACUAGAGAGUGUGAGCUGAUGAUGAUGGACAGCUCUGGUGGACCCAAUCGGAAGGUUUUGCUCUCUCUGUUCUGGGCUCUUCAGGGCAGUCUGCUGUCCUGGUGCUUCCUCCAGCUCAAAGGAGGCAUAGCCAUAGCCAGCGAUCUGGCCCGAGACAUCCUGAUCAAAUACGUGGCGCAGUUCCUGGGCAACACCCGAACCACGCUGAGCUCCCUGCUGGAGAGGUGCUCUGCAGCCGACAUCGUCGCCAAGCUCGGCAACUCCAUCGUCACCAUGGCGACCAGGCAGCUGGCGAUCUUCCUGCUGGAGCUGUGCGCUCUCGAAAUUCCUCACUGCACCAUUCUCAGGAGCUUCUUCUCUCUUCUGGAGCUGCUCAAGAAGCUGUCCGGUGGCAUUGAGGAAAGCUCCAAGGGGGACGUGGAUGCCUGGCAGCAUCCUCAGCAGCCGGUAGUGUUGAGGACGUGGACCAUGGAGUCACCUCACAAUUAUGAAGACAGCAAACACGAGAACACCGUGUUCCUCUGUCCCGGCGCCACAUAUUUCGAAGUGGAGUUUGACGAACGCUGCGAGACAGAGAAGAGGUACGACUAUUUGGAGUUUACAGAUUCCAGAGGAGGCAAAGUGCGCUAUGACAUGAAAGUCGGCUCUGACAAGUGGCCAAAGAAGGUCACGUUUAAAGCAGGCCACCAGCUGCAGUUCCUUUUUCACUCCGACAGCAGUAACACCGAGUGGGGCUACAAGUUCACCGUGACGGCGUUCGGCCUUCCAGACAUCAGCGUCUCCUGGAUCUCUGACCUGCAGCUCCUCGUGUCAAGGCUGAUGGGCCGCCUGGCUUCACGCACCAUGGCGCUUAAAUCCGCACAGGAAGUUCACAGUAUGAAGGAGCUUCCUGCGGCCGUGAUGAACCACGUGAUUUCCUCUUCUCUGUGGAAGCCCGUGUUCACACAUGGCCUGAGUGGACCAGCCAGAAGCCGAGAACCUGAACACCGUAGCAACAACACACAGCUGGUAAAAUCUGUGUCCUCCGGAGAUGACCUAGUGGAGUUCCUGGUGGACUUUGCUCGCUGGGAUCCGUCCCGUGAGUUGUGUGAUGAAAGGGCGGAGCUGAUGAGGAACCUCAUGCUUUCUUGCAAGAAGCAGCUGGUCAGGAACGAGAUCGCCGCGGGGUCGAAGGUCGAUCAGGCCGUAAACGCAAUCUGGGCGGCUAUGGUGUACCACACCCCAGCUCUUCAGGCUUCUCUUAGGAGCUUCGUGCUGAAGCAGGGGCAGAGCUGUGUGAAUGAGGACCUCGUGCAGGUCUACAUGCUUGCUGAUGGCAUCAGGACAUGGAUGCUGGAGAUGAAACAGCGCUCCCUGCUGGUCAAAAUGAAUGGAACAGGAGAGAAAGUGGACAGUCCAGGAGAAGUUACUCCAGAGUCUUUGGCUGAGAUCUGCCUCAGUAAAAGCUUGCUGCUGUUCAGGUUCAGCCCCGGUGCUGCCAGCGCCACUGCACCCACUCCAUAUCCCGAUCCCUGUAAACCAGCAGAGAGCCCCAUCGCCCCUGUUCUCCCUUACUCUGCGUCUAUAUCCGAAAGUGAUUUCCAGGCCUGUCCUGCUAGCACUGCUGCCCACUCCGCCGCCUCCUCUCAAAGUCCCACACGGGUAGAGACUCAGAUCUCCGCUUCCUCAGACCUCGGAGCCUCCAGCGGUGCCAGUGCUCAGAGUUCUAGAGGAUCCACAGAGAGCCUUCACUCUCAAGGCGCAGAACCCAUGUCACCGGUGGCGUUUUCUCGCAGGGCGCCGUUCAGCCGCGGGCGUCUCCGACUGCUUUCGUACCGCUCGGUGGAGGAAACGCGUCCCAUGCCGUCAGUCAAGGAGAGAUUCCCAAUUCUCAAGCACAUAUUCAGCUUUGUGAAGGACAUGGCGAUUAGUGAGACCAGUGUUCUCCAGACGCUUGCUUUAAAAAAGUCCCAGGCUACGAGUGUGUGUGAGGUUUUAGACAUAGUGCAACAGUGUUUACUGUCCCUGGGGAAACCGCACCUCUUCCAGGCUCCCUGCAUUCUGUUCCUGCAGGAGCUGCUGGCCUGCCAGAAAGACUUCACCAAUUACUUCUCCCAGUUAUCUGGCUGCGGGCCUGAUCUGAAGGAGCUGGUCAGGUCGUCCUAUCAUCAGCUCAUUCGCAUGCUCGUGGAGGCGGUGCAAGGAUUCAGCAAGCUCAAUGACAAGGUGCUGCUGCCGGCAUUGUCGUGCGUUCAGACCUGCCUGCUCCACUUGCUGGACAUGAGCUGGGAAGUUCAUGACCUGCCUCUUUUUGAAGACAUCAUGCUCCCUGAUCUGCUUCUCACCAUGUCUCAGGAGAACAUCAGCGUGCACGACAUUGCCAUCAGUCAGUGGACAGAAGAGGACGAGAUCGCCGACUACGAGCGCAACACAGAGUGGAUGGACGAGUGCAUGGACGGCAUGUUCGAGAAAUGGUUCGACAAGAUCGCCCAGGCCUCACCGGAGGACAAGAGAAAGAUGCACAUGUUCAUCGCGCGGUACUGUGAUCUGUUGAACGUGGAGAUCUCGUGCGACGGAUGUGAAAGAAUUGCUCCCGGACACCGCUACCGCUGUCUGCAGUGCACUGACAUGGACCUCUGCAAGACCUGCUUCCUCAGCGGCGCUAAGCCUGAAGGCCAUGAGGACGAGCACGAGAUGGUGAACAUGGAGUACGCUUGCGAUCACUGCCAGGGUCUCAUCGUUGGCAGCAGAAUCAACUGCAACGUCUGUGAGGACUUUGACCUCUGCUUCGGCUGUUACAAUGCCAAGAAAUACCCAGACAGUCAUUUGCCCACCCAUCGUAUCACAGUCUACCCCAUGGUGACCAUCCGCAUCAGUGAUCGACACAGGCUCAUCCAGCCAUACAUUCACAACUACUCCUGGCUCCUGUUUGCCAGCCUGGCCUUGUUCACCUCCGAGCUGACGAGCGAGUCGACGGACACCGAGGCUCUUGGCCACGCUACCGCACUGCAAAGCCGCUGCUCCCAGCUCAUCACUGAGUGUCUGAUGAAGGGCCAGACUGGAAAAGGUUUACGAGCUUCAGCUCUUUUGUCCCUGCUCUGCUCUAAUGAACCAGAGCCAACUCCUCCAAGCCCAGAGCUCAGUCAGGAGCUCAGCAUCUCAGACACAUCCUCCCUACCUGGCAGCACGGCUGCUCUCUGCUCUCCACCAUCAUCUCUCCUGAAAAUGGCGUCAACAGAGGAGAAAGAGGGGCGUGGCCGGCGAGUUUCCCAGGAUACACUGGACUCUCCAUCACUGUCCAGUGAAGACACGCUGUCUCCAGAGUUCAGAGCAGCUGAUUCCAGCGGUGACACCAUCACAUCUCCCACUUCCGAACACCUGGAUGUAAACAAGGAACAGGAAGACGGGACGCCGAAAGGGCCUCUGCAGGAGCAGGUGUUCGCAGAGUGUUCCAGGGAGAGGAUUCUGGGAUUGCUGGCAGCCAUGUUGCCUCCAGCCAAACCGGGCACUACGAUUUCCCUCUCCGGUCUGAGCCCUAUCCUGCCCCUGCUCUUCCGUGUUGUUAUCUCCAACGCGGGGUGUCUAAACGAGGCGUACCACCUGACUCUCGGGCUUCUUGGGCAGCUGCUCUUGCGCAUCUCACCGGCUGAGGCAGACGCGGCCGUUACCGAGGCUCUUUCUGAGAAAUACGAGCUGCUGGCGUCGGCCAAUGGAGCGAUUAACGACACACAAGGCUGGAAAACCACCCAGCUUAUGUUCAGCCUCGGGGCUGUGUGCCUAGACAGCCGCAUAGGUUUGGACUGGGCGAGCUCAGUGGCGGACAUCCUGAGAAACCUGAACACGUGUCUUCAGUGGCACGACGUAAUCGCAAGCUUUACCGACUAUUGCAUUCAGCAGUUACCGCACCAACUGAAACGCACCAACAUCUUUACUCUGCAUGUCCUGGUCAUCUUCCCCGAGGUGCUGUGUAUGGGAACUCAGUCGGUGUUCAUAGACAAUGCUAACGAGCAGCACAACAUCAUCCUGCUGAAACAUUUCACCGAGAAGAACCGAGCCGCCGUCGUCGACGUCAAGACGCGGAAAAGGAGGACGGUAAAGGAUUACCAGCUGAUGCAGGCUGACGAGAGCCUGACUCUUUCUAGCCACUACCUGAAGAACCUGAUCUCCAUCGUGAGCCAGCUGCUGCAGACCGGAGUGGAGAGCAGCUCACCGGAGGCAGUGGAAGCCACCUGGGUGCUCUCACUCGCUCUCAAAGGCCUUUACAGCAUCCUUAAGAAGCAUGGCAGCGAGCAGACCCAAGAGGCCAUGCACAGCGCCAGCCUUAUGCAGCUUCUGGUCCGCAAAUGCAGUAAAGGAACCGGUUUCAGCAAGACGUGGCUGCUGCGUGACUUGGAGAUCCUCUCCAUCAUGCUGUACUCCUCAAAACGUGAGAUCCACUCCAUGGCCGAGGAGAGUGAGAGCGGCGAGAGAGAGGAGGACCGAGAGAGGGAGAAAGAGCACGAUUCGGACCUUUCCAGCUGCUGCGCCGAAGAUGUCGACCCACUUGAGGGGCUGGAUGAAGAGACCAAGGCAUGCUUCCAGCUUACACACGAUGCUCUAAACGCUCCUCUACACAUUCUAAGAGCCUUAUAUGAGCUCCAGAUGAAGAGGACGGACUCCUUUUUCCGGGAAGUGCAGAAACGAUUCGACGGAGACGUAAUAAAGACAGAUGAGACGAUCCGGACGCUGGCACAGAAAUGGCAGCCUGCUAAACGCACGCACACGGACGAACGUCACGCAAAGGCUGUGGACACAGACAUGGUCAUCAUCCCCUGCGCUGUAGGUUUUCCUGCCAUGAAUUCUCAUGUCAGGUUGCACCCAAAAUUGAAGCCGAGCCGCUGCGAGACAGCAGCAGAGGAGACAAACGCGGUGACGCAGAAGUUGAUCACCAUUACGGAAAGUGAGCUUCAGCUGAGUUAUGCCAAGCAGCGACGCACCAAGAGCUCAGCGCUGCUGCACAAGGAACUGGAUGCGCGCAGCAACAAGGCUGUACGUCACUACCUGUUCCGUGUCAACGAAGCCAUCAGCAUCCUGUACGCUCGGCACGUGCUGGCUCUCCUGCUGGCACACUGGCCUGACCGUAGCCCUAUCAGGGAGGAUGAUUUGGAGCUGAGCGGAGCCUCGCACAUGGCGCACAUCCUCGACAUGCUCAUGCAGCUGGAGGAGAAACCCUUGUGGGAGAAGAUCUUACAGAAAGUCAUAAAAGGUUGCAGUCAGGGUAUGCUGGACAGUCUGUCUCUGACCGCAUGUCAGUUCAUGGAGGAGCCUGUCAUGGCCAUGCAGAUUCGAGAAUCCAAACACCCCUACGACAACAACACUAACUUUGAGGACAAGGUGCACAUCCCUGGGGCUUUCUAUCUGUCUGUGAAGUUUGACUCUCGCUGCCAGACUGAGGAGGGCUGCGACGAGCUGCAGCUGGCAAGCAGCGCCGACUUCCAGCAGGACCUGCACACCUUUAGCGGCUCCUACCACAAAUGGGCUGAUGUGGAGAUACCAGGGGACACUCUUUACUACAGAUUCGUGUCAGACAUGAGUAAUACAGAGUGGGGCUACAAAUUCACUGUGACUGGUGGACAUCGUGGACGUUUCCAAACUGGUUUUGAGAUCCUGAAGCAGAUGUUGGCCGACGACCAGGCUCUCUCCCAUCUGCCGCUGGCAGACAUCUGGGAAUGGCAGGUGGGCGUGGCCUGCCGUCAGACAGGAAGUCAGCGUCUGAAGGCGAUUCACCUGCUCCUGCGAAUACUGCAGUGUCCUACACGGUGGGGCUGUGAUUUGACCCUCCUGAGGCCGCUGUGGCAGCUCUUCACCACCAUGGAGAGUGGCCUGAAUCAGGAUCCCACCAGCAUCACCGUCCUUUUGCCUCUUCGUCGAGCCCUCACUGAACUCUUCUUCAUUGCUGAGACCAAAGCCAUGGAGCAAGGCGUACUUCAGGAGUAUCUGUUAGCGCUCACAACCAACGAACAACUUGUAACACGUACAGCUCAGGCCCUGAAGAACAUCGCCGCCAUCAGCCUGGCCAUCAAUUACCCAAAUAAAUCCACUAGACUGCUGAAUGUUUCUCCAUGAGACUGGGAAAGGCGGUGCAGUGUGUGUGUUCUUCAUCUCUGCCUUAAAGCAGGCAGGUAAAAGGUGCAUCAGGAAAGCCCGGUCUCUCUCUCUCUUUCUCUCUCUCUCUCUCUAUUUCUCUCUUUCUCUCUCAUUCAUUCACGUUCACACACCUGCAGCAUAUGCAGCGUCUUCCAGAAACCCGAGCCCUCCUUUUAGAAGGCACACGGCGAGAAGAGUUCUUCUUGUUUUAAUGUCAUUUUAGUCAAAGAGCUUCGAGUGACCCGAAGACCUUGAGAACAUUCUUUAUUCCUUUUUUAUUAUUAUUAUUAUCAUUAUUAUUAUCAUUGUUAUUAUUAUUAUUAUUAUUUAAGGCCCCUUUUUCAUUUCUUACCUGAAACAGCUCCAGUGCUGAAAUCAGGGCAGCGGUGCCGCGUGCCAAAUCCGCCAUCGUUUUUUCCCAGCAAUGUCGCUCUUUCCUCCCUUUACUUACGCUCCUCUUUUUCAAGCACACCUCGGGCGAGACAAUCGAUCAUCCUGAAAGCAGGUCACCUCUCGCCAUUUCGGCCCUAAAAAUACAAACGGCCCACACAGCCUCAUCCGUCAGAGCGGCCCGAGACUUCAGCCCAACCGGCGAUGGUCUCAGAGCCGCUGAGACGCCACCGAGAGUCGCUCGAACCUUUUAUUCUCAGCUCGACUAAAACGACUGUAACAGGACACAGCUUGUUUUUUUUUUGUUUUUUUUUAUAUUGUGAAUGUUCACAUCACAUGUAUACUGUUAUAUAUUGAUAUACAUGACACUGAUAUAUCCAUCACUUGAAACCUCACAUUCUUACACAACUGGGAUGUUGGUUUGAUGUGUGCCAUAGGCACCUGUAGCCUUAAAGCGAUCAGUUUAACGGUGGGUUUAGAAUAAGGGACUGCUCCAGGCAUGGGAAUUAAAUCAUCUUUUAAUUUACAAAUUUUUUUUGGCUUGUUUUUUAAUAAGCUGCUUAUUUUGUUUUCUUCCUAGUUUGAAGAAUUAGAUGAAUGAGAUUAGGUGAGUUGAUAUUGUUAACUUAUAGAGUGACAUGGUGGAGGAAGGUUUACAGUUUUUUUUUUUUUUUUGGGGGGGGGGGGUUUGUUUGUUUUUCCAUUGCAUAGGACAUAAAAAAUCAGAUGUGCGAUCAAGUACAAGUUUAGUUAAUUUUAUUUUUCCGCAUUUAACCUAACUAGGAAAAAAAGACCAGAAAGUCAUUGACACCAAAGAAACUUCUUGCCUAAAAAAAAAAAAAAGCAAACAAAAAAAAACAUCAUAUUAACGAACAAGGGAUUUUCCAGAAGGUACAGUAGCUCUGGUCUUCUAACAGGAUAAUGGAUGAUCCAAUACUAGACAUUAGGGCGUUUGUCAUCGCUGAUUAAAGAUUAGUUUACGGAAUUUUAAAGGACUGGCGUUGAGGUUAAACACCGACCCUUUAGUCUCGCUAAUUUUGUUUACACAUACAGAAGAAAAAAAAACUUUCUCAGAGCGUUAGCCGCUUUCGGUGCCUAAACUCCACUUUAAAGAUGGCUGCCAAGUAGACGUUCAGUCUCUCCAAGCCUCAGAUCUAAAUAAAUUUAUGUGCCUAUGUUUGAAAUGAAGCAAUCUUGAUUCGUCAUGUCAUUGUAAAAGAACCGUUAUAUUUUUAAAAAUGAGAAUUGUAUGGGGUUCAUUUGAUUUUUCUUUUUUAUUUUAUUAUUAUUAUAAUAAUUAUUAUUAUUAUUUUCACAAAUGUCAUCCUUGUUUGUGUUUGGUUUAUCCAUUAUGUGCUUGAUGUUUCAUGUGAAUUAAAAUCGACAUGAAUGUAAAUAGUUAUGUAUUAUAAUGGUAAUUGCACAUACAGGAUAAAAAAAAAAAAAAGAGAGAGAUUUCAUAUCGACUCACUCCCCGUAAUGAAUCCAAAUUAUUUAAUAUAUUCUGGGUUAAAAUGUAAACUCAAACUUGAUUUUUGUAUGUCAUGGCACUUGGAUUAAAAAAAAAACAAAAACAAAAAUGAGUUUUUAAUUAAAGUGCAGUUAAUGCUU